GGCUGCUGGUGUACUUAAUGUUUUUUGACAGCGGAGCCCGGCAGGUCGUUAUAUCAGCAUCACAGCUAGAGUCACCCGUGCCCGUUGUUUCAUGAAAUACCACGCUCUCCUUUGAGCAAUGAAAACUGUCUCAAUCGUUUCUCAUUUCAUUCUCUACCAAUGUCAAGUACAGAAUCUGGGACAUUUAAAGUUUCAUUUUACAGCAAAAAUAUCUGUAGGCAUGGAUACUUGCAGAUGUAGCAUGUUUUAGCUCAAUGAAAAAUAUAAUUAAAUGGGGAAAUUGCAGAGCGUGGAAUUCGACAAUCAUGAGAGACAUAUCCCCAUUUUUAGCCUGAGACAAGUGGGAAAAAGAGAGAGCAUUAUCUGUGAAGUUAAUCAUCGGUCUCUUUGGGCUCACAGCAGAAAGACGAGGAGUUGAAGGGGCGAGAUGAGGGACAUCGAUGCACCACUGGCUUAGAAGCAACAGAGAAAAGAGCGUGGGCGCUAUAAGAGGAUUCCUCCCUGGCAGAUCUCUGUAUACGUCUCGCUCAGCCCUCGAACACCAGGAGUCGUGUGUGUGAGAGAGAAUUAGACGUGGUUGGUGGGUAAAAGCAGAACUCUUUUAUGCUCUAAGGAGGUGGGAGGCGGGCCAAGGUAGUCCAAAUAAAGAAUAUAGCAACAUGGUACUAAAGUAAAAAGAUGUCAUUACAAAAUGCAGCAAACCGACUCCUCUGAAUGGUUCACCUACAGCUUUUUCUCCCUUUCAUCGGGAAGUGAUCUUGGAGUCCGGUCCAGCUUGUUGUAAAUAGUUGACUGUUGACCUAGUUUGUAGACUUGGGUGGAGUCGUUGCUUUUAGUUCCUUGUUCUGAAGUAGGUGCCGAUAAGCAAUUUAUUUGUGGAUUUGGUGUGUCUGCACGGUUGGGAAAGCUGAAGAUACAUUACUAGUUUACGUUUGUUUUUUGAUCAGAUCUAUUUUACUCUUCGUCUUCAUGUAGCUUUGAUUCAUUGAGGCAGUUGUUGUUUUCAUUGUUGUCAAAGCCACCUAACCAGUAGUCUUUGUCGCCUGCACCUUGUGCCAAAGAAAGGAAAAAAAGCAGCUGAGGCAGCUCGGUCACUCUCAAAACCACCCACUUUGUCUCUCUCUCUCUCUCUCUCUCUCUCUCUCUCUCUCGGCUUCCUUUCUUCCUUGUUGGUCGUCUCUCUUCCUGAAAGAAGUUUUACCAAAACCUAGGCCAAUGUGAAAUAGGAAAUGAGGUAAUCAGCGGGGAGUGGUGUAGUUUGGGUAUCCCCCCCUAAUUCAUUCUCACUCGGACCCGCUUAAGUUCUCCACCAGCCUUCGCAGAAAGACGAUGCCGAUGACAAACCCCAGAUGCCAGCGUGGACAGAGUUGACUGGUUGAAAGCGACUCUGUAGGAGGAACCCUUCCAUUGAGGAAGACUGACUCACCCGCUGUAAUCACAGCCUUCACUUUGUGAUUCGGUAGAGGUGACUCCACUGCAGAUGAGGGAACAUGUUGGCUAUGGACCAAGGAGUGGUGGAGGAUUGGCUGUCAGAAUUUAAGACCCUCCCUGACAGUGCUGUUUCCCCCUAUGCUGCCGCACUAAAAGACAAAGGUGCCCUGGUCCCUGCACUCUACAAGGUCAUCAGAGAGAACUACAGCGAUUUGCUGGAGCCAGUGUGUCACCAGUUGUUUGAGUUUUACCGAAGCGGUGAGCCGCAGCUGCAGCGCUUCUCGCUCCAGUUCCUGCCAGAGCUCCUGUGGAGCCUCCUGUCCGCCAGCGCAGCCAGAGACCCUCACACGUCGGGCUGCAUCGAGGCGCUGCUGCUGGGCAUUUACAACCUGGAAAUAGUUGAUAAAGAUGGACAAAGUAAAGUAUUAUCUUUUACCAUCCCAUCCCUCUCUAAACCGUCAGUGUACCACGAGCCCUCAGCCAUUGGCUCCAUUGCCCUUACCGAGGGGGCACUAGCCAACCACGGGCUGAGCAGGGUGGUGUACAGCGGGCCACACCUCCAGCGGGAGACCUUUACGGCACAGAACAGGUUUGACGUGCUGACCUUUCUGCUGCUGUGCUACAACGCUGCUCUCAGCUACAUGACCUCCACCUCCCUCCAGUCCCUCUGCCAGCUCAGCUCCAGGGUCUGUAUAUGCGGUUACCCGCGGCAACAGAUGCGCCACUACAAAGGCAUAAGCACGCGGCUGACGGUCACGUCAGAGUUCCUGGUUCAGCUCAUCACGGGGAUACACUACGCCUUGUGUAAUGGGGAGGUUGAACUGGGAUCCAAAGCGCUGGAUGACGUUCUCUAUCGGGCCCAGCUGGAGUUGUUCCCUGAAGCUUUAUUGGUUGGCAAUGCCAUCAAGUCAUCGCUGCACGGCGCCGCGCUGAAGAGCAACAACAAGGAGGGUGCGCGGAGUAUCCAGGUGGAGAUCACACCCACCUCCUCCAGGAUCUCCCGAAACGCUGUCACCUCCCUCUCUAUCAGGGGACACCGCUGGAAGAGACACGACGCGGUGGAUCUGGGUUCCCCGGAUGAGCUGAUGGAUAUCUCGGAGUUGGAUGAGGGGGUGUGGCCCGGCAGGAUGGGGCCGGACAUUACCCCACCCACCAUCACAAUUAGCAACAGUGUCACCACGUUGAACCUGGGGGCCAAGGCCAUGAAGAAGUGUCGGCUCGGCGGGCGCACCAGCAAGGACAAGGAAGCGGGCCCUCUGACAAUAAGUCGGGCCGCCAGCGAGUGCGCCGAGCUGUCCGUCAAGCGACUGACGCUCACCUCCAGCCAAUCGGUGCCCAAGGCCGGAGCUCUCACCAGCUUGACGCGCACCGCCAGCGCCGUCUUCUCGCGUUCCUUCGAGCAGGUGGUUAGCAACAACGCCGCUCCCACCAGCAACCACACCGCCUCCGAAGUGGGCCGCUAUUCAUGCAGCCUGCAGGAGGACGGACUGGGGUACUUGAGCCCGGCGCCGAACCACACGCAGCGCUCGCCGACCAUCACCGUGCACCUCGGCGCUGACCUUUGAACCCUUUUUGCGACAUCCCGUGACCCUGUACCUGUGACCCGGAACUCCAAGCCAUGCCAACUGCAGCAGGACAAAAACCCAUACACACAACUCUCGCCGCUAACUUUUUUUUAACAUGUGAUUGUUUGUGCUGUAAAGCCGCCCUGCUCCUCUCCCCCCCCCCCCCCCCCCCCCAGCAGAGGCUCCUCCGGCUACACUGACUUUUAUUUGUGAGCCGCUGCCCGUGAAGUUGUGCCAGAAGAGAGAAUUGCAGAGCUGCCUGUCUGUAAAUGGGUGAACUUGAAACGUAUUACUAAAAAUGUGGGAAAGUAUUUUAAUCGGCACUUGUUUGCCCUGCAUGGCUUUCCAUACAUCCAUCCUGACCGUGGCCAGGUUUCUCACAGGGCAGAUGUUGAGUAUGUGUAAGCAUGCUCGAGUGUUUGUACAAUUGUUUUUAGAAUAAAGGCUGCUAAUUGUUACAAUGUACAAGGUAUGAUUCUGCAAGUUGAAGCAACUUUCAACUCGUUUAGAAAAUAAGCAUCGAUCCCUUUUCAUAGCAAUACAAAUCUCUCCUAUUCAGUGUUUUUUUUUUUUUUGUCAACAGCUUUUUUUUAUAUGUAUAUAAAGAUAAUCUGCAUUCUUCCUCAACACAUCAGGAAAAAAUGACCACUCAAUAAUCAACCAGUAUGCUCAGAAUAUUUUUUUGUUUACGGUAUUGUCAUUGAGAUGGAGAAGCAAUAUUUGUGUCCUUUCCACUCGCUCCUUUAAGUCCCUUCCUGAAUUUCGAUUGCAAAAAUAGAACUCCCAACUACUCGCACAUGACAAAGAUGAUUUUGGGGGAAUGAUUGGUGUGAUGAUGUAAGUAUUGCAUUUUGCACUUAAAAGAGCAAAAAAAAAAAGUUGUUUCAAUGUUGGUAUUUUCUUAUAAUGAACAAUAGAGGUCAGACUCUCAACUGUGGUAUUUUUUUCCUGUGAGACAUGAUUUGUUGUCCCUACACAAAGCCACAUACUUCUGCAGAAGCAUCUGAUGCCCCUGAUUUAAAGAUGAAAAAAAGUGAACCACAACUGUAACCGAAUCUAUUCCUGUGUGUUCUGCAGUGGGACAUUGUUUGGGUGCAAUGAGGCGUCUUUCUUUUUUCUCUGAUCCAUCCACCACUCUAGCUGUUUGUGGUACUUUGGUGACGUGUUUCCUGUGUCCCUCCUUCUUGUUCGCAUCGUUAUCAUCACGUCACAAGACGCGGUGAGACACUCUUGUACCAAAAAUGGAAUUCAACUCCACCCAUCUGCUACGUUUGGUUUCCUAAAUCAAGCUCCCCCACCCUCAAGCAAAUGUCUAUUCAGUUGUCAGUGUGCUCGAGCUGUCGAGUGCCCACAGCUUGGUGGAACGAUAACAAUCAUCGCGUUUCUGUAUGUGAGUUUACAGAAUGUGUUAUUGGGAAGUUCGUGUUGUACACCAAACUGUUGUACUUAAGUUGGUUUAUAUUGGCCUUUCUAUGUCUGAAGAUUACUCAUUGCUACAACAUCUCAAAAUAAAGUGUUUCUAUAUUUCA